CGCAGCCGGAGCGGGGAGCCGAGGAUCCGGACACACAGCCGGACACACAGCCGGACACACAGCCGGACACACUGGACACCCACCGAAUACAUCGUAAUUAACCACCGAGGAUCGGGCCAAUUAGCGGAACUCUGCUGGAAUAUAGAGAGGGAAACUUUGGACAAAACCAGAAUUCCGCGGUCCGGACACCCCAGAGCUCGGACUAUCACCCACGCUGCCAGGCCCGGAGCGUGGCCCCUCAUGUGUGGAUACGUGUGUGAGUGCCUUCAAAGUGUGUGUCCGUAGACUGCUGAAGAGAAGCAAACUGUGUGAGUUCGAGGCUCGUGCGAGGAUGAGGGCCGUCAUCGCCCUGCUUUGUCUCCUGAUAGUCGCAGAGGUCAGGGCCUCUCGGGUCGCCCGCGACGCCCAGGUCGGCCUCGCAGCUUCGGGGCCCUCAAGUACUAACGCCUCUGCCCUGCUCCUGCCCCCGCAGCUGAGCAGACCGCAGGGCCCCUUCCCCACCAUCUGCUUAAAGCCCACAGAGAUCAAGCACGCCUUCAAAUACGUCAACACCAUCGUGUCCUGCCUGAUCUUUGUGGUGGGCAUCAUCGGCAACUCGACGCUGCUCAGGAUCAUAUAUAAGAACAAGUGCAUGAGGAAUGGGCCCAACGUCCUGAUCGGCAGCCUGGCUCUGGGGGACCUGCUUUAUAUCAUCAUCACCAUCCCCAUCAAUAUAUUUAAGCUAAUAGCCGAGGACUGGCCAUUCGGCGUGUACAUCUGUAAAUUGAUGCCGUUCAUCCAGAAAGCUUCAGUGGGAAUCACUGUCCUCAGCCUGUGUGCUCUCAGUAUUGACCGCUACCACGCAGUGACGUCAUGGAGCCGGGUGAAGGGGAUGGGCAUCCCUCUGUGGAAAGCGGUGGAGGUGACUCUGAUCUGGCUGGUGGCUGUGAUGCUGGCGGUGCCCGAGGCGCUGGCCUUCGACAUGAUGGAGAUGUCGUACAGAGGCAACAAGCUGCGCGUGUGUCUACUCCAUCCGGAACAGACAACAAGCUUUAUGAAGUUCUACCAGGACAUGAAAGACUGGUGGCUGUUUGGCUUCUACUUCUGCUUCCCGCUGGCCUGCACAGGAAUCUUCUACACACUAAUGUCAUGCGAGAUGCUCAGUCGCAAAAAGGGCAUGCGCAUCGCACUCAACGACCACAUGAAACAGCGGAGGGAAGUAGCGAAGACAGUGUUCUGCCUCGUGCUGAUUUUCGCUCUCUGCUGGCUGCCUCUUCAUCUCAGCCGCAUCCUGAAGAAAACAAUCUACGACCAGAACGACCCCAACCGCUGUGAACUGCUCAGCUUCCUGUUAGUGAUGGAUUACAUCGGCAUCAACAUGGCCUCCCUAAACUCCUGCAUUAACCCGAUUGCCCUCUACUUUGUCAGCCAGAAGUUUAAAAACUGCUUCCAGUCUUGUCUGUGCUGCUGGUGCUACAGAACGUCUCCUCUGGAUGAACGAGGUUCGGGGGGACGCUGGAAGGGCUCUUGUCACGGGAACGGACUAGACCGCUCCAGCUCCCACUCCAGUCAGAAAUACACCAGCUCCUCUUAAACACACACACACACACACACACACACACACACACACAUAGGCACUCUCUUACUUCUUGUGCCAAAAAAACCCACGUUCCCAUCAGCUCCCAUCACGGAGAAACAGCUGCCACUGACAACCGACCAGUGAGGAGAGAGAAAAUGGAGCGAGGUAGAAGCCACUUCUACAGGACUCACAGGAGACUGAAAAAAACAAACCAGGAUGGAUCCGAACCGGACAGGACUGUACCUUGUGUUUGUAGGCCGUCAUACUAACUGCAGAAACAACGUAUGAUAAAUAUGUUCAUACUCCCCACACUGAGGCCUGUGCAGAGGACUGAACGUUUUCUCAGUGGACCAACAUGGUCAACACAUUUAUAAAAAGUGUUUAUUAAUGCCGCAUGUAAAUUUAUGUACAGGAUUAUUUACGAGCAGACUGAGACCGAUGGUUAUAUCCAAUCAACGUAUGAAUAACAGCUCUGAUAAGUGCUACCUGUUGAAGCUUUGAUACCUCACAGGGAGAGAUAGAGGGAAACUGUGAUUCCAAGUUAUGUUCCAAAAGUUUUUUUUUUAUAUAUUAACACACGACUGCGCCUCGGCAUAAAGACACAAAAGCCAAUUAUCUGACAAUCAACACACACAGUCGCUGAGCUUCCCGAUGCCCAUGUACCCCGGUGACAUCAUCCCAGAGUGAAAAGGAGCCCACUGUCAUGUGGAGAAACCAAUCUUUGGAAAUCUUUUAUCUGGAAACCAUCACCGCUCUGAGUCAUGUGGAGGCCAGCUGUUGUCCUAGAACACUGACAAACACCAGAUGAUUCCAGUCAUGCUACACAGAGGGGAUCAUUUAUGAGUACUUUUAUUAUUGCAGUGUUCGUGCUGUCGUACGUGUGUAGCUGUCUGAUCCACUCUAUAAGUCUUAACCUCUCCUACAAUGAAGCUUUUCUAUUUUUCUAAAAAAGUAUAUCACAUGAGACGUGAAGGCUGUUUAUUACCACAGCAUGAGGUGUGCAUUUAUUAUUUCCAAAUAUUUCACCUCUUGUGAGUGGUCAUGUUGCAACAAUUUUCCAUGUGGCUGGAAAUGAUUUCUGAGAGCAGCUGGGGGAGAAUUAUCCCAAAAUUGACCAAUUUGUUUUUAAGGAGCGAUUGUUUUUGGGGAUUACAUUUAUUUAAGUUUGUAAUGGUCAUAGAAAAAUAUUUAUAUAUAUAAAUUGCUUCCAUUAAAUGUAAUCCAGGUAAAUGUGUGCUCUUGCAAAAUCAAAUCUGUGUCCACACUGAAAUAGAUUUUGAUUUAUUCAGUAUGUUCGGACAGAGUAUUUUCAUUUUCCUCUGUAAUAGAGUGAUCAAAUCGGCAGAUGAUGCAGCAUGUGACCCAUUAAGGCUUCAUGUGUAUUUAUAUGGAUAUGUUUUUCUCCCUGUUUUUUGAUACAUCUAGAGGCGACUGUCUGAGACUUUUAGAGGUGAUUUGAGGUUGAAGAUCAAAUGAAAUGUGAAUAUUGGCCCUGGUGUUUUAAAUCACAUUUAUACUUUAUACUUAUUUGAUGAGAGUAUGCUGUAAUAAAUAUUAUUUUAUAG